AAGAACCUCGUGGCGAGGUUCGACGAUUUCGAGUGGGAGGUCCCAGUGGCGCCAGCGGAGCACCACGACGCCGAGCAGGCCGCCACACACGAGGCGCUCUACAGCGCACAAGGCCCGCACGGCGCGAUCUGCCUGCGCUGGGUCAACCGUGCGGGCGCCCCUCGCAUCCUGCGCGUGACGGAGACCAGGGAGCGGCAGGGCCAGUUGAUGCAGAUGGGCGGCUGGGCGCCCGAGCACGAGAGCGCUGCAGUCGCGUGGCUCAUCGAGCAGCUCAAGGCGUAUGCGGCUGGGCGCACGACGAAGCCAGACAUGGAGAUCGCAAAGAAGGGGUGGCUGGCGAGCCACAGCGCGAGCGGCGUUG